CGCGAAGCUAAUGAAACAAGUCGCAGUCCAAACCCUAAUUCCAACCGAAAACCCUAAUUUACAAUUCCAAAUCAUGUCUUCUGGCUGUUCACAAUUACAGAUCAUGUCUUCUUGCCGUUCAAUUCCGACGGAGGAUAGAAUUAGCGACUUGCCCGAGUCAAUUCUCUGCCACAUUCUCUCCUUCCUUCAAACCAAAGCCGCUGCAACCACAAUGAUUCUCUCAAAGAGAUGGAAACCGGUAUGGCUCUCUGUCCUUAUUCUUAACUUCGAUGACAAAGAAUUCAAUGACUUUGAGACAUUUCACAAGUUUGUUUAUUCAACCAUGUUCUCUUUGCGAGACAAAAAGACUUCGAUCCAAUCGUUUACCUUGAAAUUAUGCUUCUAUUCUCGCUUCAAACCAAGAGAAUUGAAUAGAAUUUUUAAAUUUGUGGUGCAACGAGGAGUCAAGAAUCUUAACUUCGACUUGUCUGGUAAACCGCGUUGUAUCAAAUUACCUCCUUGCAUUCUCAGUUGUAAGACACUUCAGGUUCUUAGAUUGGAAAACGUAAAAUUGUGGGAUUUUGACCAAGUGAAUUUUCCUUGUCUCAAAACUCUUCAUUUGAAUAACGUUGAUUUGACAUCUCCUAAAUAUUUUGCAAAGUUUCUAUAUGGCUGCCCUAUUUUAGAAGAUUUGAAUGCAAAAUCACGUACCUUCCAGAAAUCAAUAGAUCCCAUGGAAAACUUGAAUGCUUUACCUAAUUUGGUCAAAGUAAAGAUUUGUUAUAAUACGGAUAUUCCGAUGUCUUUGGUUUGUAAGACGAGAAUUUUGCAUAUAGAACAGAUAUGGGGCAUGACUUGGAAACCACUUCCCAUGUUUCACAAUUUGACUCACAUGGAACUUACUUUUUUGAUUAGCUUACUAAAGAGGGAGUGCAGGUCGUUGAUAGAAAUACUCCCACAUUUUCCCAAUCUUCAACAUUUUAACAUUAAGUUAAAUUUUAUGAAUAUAAGGGGUGCAACAUAUAUUUGUUCUGAAUGUUCGAAGGUUGUUCCACCCAAUCCCACCGUUGCUCCAGAAUGUCUCUCCUCACAGCUAAAAACACUUAGCAUUAAAUGUUCCACAGACACAAAAAACAUCAACAAUUGUGAGUUUCAAUUUGUAAAAUAUAUUAUGCAACAUUCAAAAGUACUAGAGACUGUGAGAGUCAAAAGUACCCGCCUUAAAACAAACCAAAUGUUUAUGAAGUUAUCUUCAUGCACAAGGAGAUCUCCAACAUGUAAACUUUUAUUUGGUUGAUGAUGAUAAUUAUGUCGUGGUUUUCUUUUGGAAGAAUGUGUAGUGGUUUUUCAUGAAGAAAUUUUCGGGAGUAAUAUCAUAUACUUUCUCUUAGUGUAAAGAGAGAGAUGAAUCCAUGUAAUCAAAGUUCUACCUUUUGUUUAUUUUAUUGUUUGGUGUAGUACGGUUGUUGAUCCUACGAAUACUGGAGAAAUCUAUAACUAUGGUGCAUUUUGAUUGUUAGUUGAUUGCUAGAAAUUUGAAAUGUUUGAUUUUUUGCUUGGGUUAGAGGUGUGUUUUGGUGUAUGAAUAUUUAAUGUACCUAUUAAAUUUUAUUUUUAAUGUAAGCCAUGAACUGUUUCUUGGUGUUUAGGUAAGAUGAAGUAUAACAUAAUUUGUCAGAUUACAAAAAUUAAUAUGUUUUUGAAAUUGGUGGUUUGUAAAGUUUUUCAAGUUUUUUUUGUCAGAUAAUGUUACUUACUCAAUUUUGAGUCUUGGGUUGGGGCAAGUCAGAAUAAUUUGAUGAGAGGAGGGAGGGUAGGGAUAGUUAAUGACUAAUCAAUUGUCUGGUAGAAUGAAAUUGAUAAGGGAUAAAAGAUGCUGUUUGUGAAUUUUAGGUUAAGCUUGGAUGAUUUUGUGUGUUGUAUGGAUCACUCUGUUAUAGGUGUGGACGGCUCUGUGUUGUUGAAUGCAAACUUGAAAUCUGCAUAUCAUCGGUUCUAUAUGUCAGCAUUUGAUUACUGAACUCUUGAAUCACUUGUAUGCAUUGGCUUUUAGCACGAGGAGUGUUCAAAAUUCAUUUGUUACUUAAUGUAGUUUUUUUCCGUUAGAAUUAAAGGUUAACGCUUCAACUGCUACAAAGUCGUUCAAUUUUCGGUGAAUAACUUCAUUAUGAAUGGAACAUCUAUUAUUGAUAUCUAUAACUGAAAGCAACAUCUAUACAUUCAAAACAACAGUACUUUUCAUUCCAAUACUUCUAAUUGAGUUCUUUACAGUUUCCUCACGGUUGGUAAUCUAUGAUCGAAUUCAUUACUUUUACUCUGUUUGCGAAUAGAUUUAUCUGUCUAUCAUCAUCACUGAGUAUAUGUAUCUCUUUUGAGGAACUAUGCUUUAUAUUGGAGAACAAAAAUGCAUAUGCUACUAUGAUGUAUGUCGGUAAAACAAAGGUCUAUCAGUUAUACAUCGCAGAAUGAGUUAUGUUCAAGCCACUGGCUCUUCUCAAUUGAUAGCAGAGACCAUCUCAUCCAAUUUGUGUGUGUAAAAUUUGGAAUGUAAGGGACA